UAUCUAUUACCUGUCAUUGACAAUCAUACAUAUCAAAAUAAAUUUUAUUAUAUAAUAUAUAUUACAAAAUUCUAGUGUUUUUAUCAAAAUACAAAAGUCCUUUUCUAUCAAACUACGCAAUACAAAAAGUAAUACAAAAUAUCCAUAAUAACAGAAAUCAGGUAAUGUAACAUGCAUAUUUAAAUGGAAAAACUAUGAUGUCUUUCGAAGGAAAACCUAUCAGAUAUUAUAAUAAAGAAGAUAUAUUGAACGAUAUAUACAAAUCAGAAACGAAAGACAGCCAAACCAAAUUAAUAUCACAUUUACAUAUUAAUCAUGAUACUUCAUAUCUAAGUGAGAACAUUUACAACGAAAAAGAAAAAUUAAAUUACAUACACGACCGGAUGCCGGAUUAUAUUAAUGUUUAUUAUAAUACAAUAUUAAAACGUGAAACAGAAAAUCCUAAUGAGUAUUCUAUAGGUGACUUGCCAUUAGUAGAACAAUCAACAACUGGACCAAAACUAGCAACAAAAGAUGUAUUAGAGAAAGUACAAGUAGACGAAAAUACACGCAUUAAUAACCUAGUUGACCCAAAUGUGUGCAUUAAUAGAGAUAUUGUUGAUCUCGAAGAUCAGAUUGAAAGAACGUACGAAAAAUUAAGUCAAAAUGAUACAGCAUUAUUUAAUCUAAAACAAGAAAAAACUGAUCAUUUAAACACCAUCAACUACCAGAAAUGCGAUUCGCAAAAACCAAAAAAUACCACCAUUGAAGCAUUUUAUAGAGAUGAAGAAACAUAUAACUUAAAGCGAAAAGAACUGCAAAUGAAUGAUCUUUUAAUCGACUCAGAAAUACUCAAUCAAAAAUUACGACAUGAACAGAAGCAGCUUGUCGAAGACUUAAGAAAUUUUCAGUCCAAGUUAUGUGGAACUUUAGAGAAGACAAAAGUUUUAAUUACAGAAAGUUACGAAAGCGAAGAAAUCAAUUCACAAUUACGAAAACAAUCAAACGAAUUAGCUAAAGAAAUAGAUGAGCUAAGAAAAGAGUUAAUCGAAAAAAGACUUACGACCAGUAACGCCAAGAGGGAACUUGAUAAUUUUGAAAUUGCUUUACAACGUGUCUCGAACGCGUUUGACAAUAAAAGAAGUGAAGCCUACAGUUUAAUGGAAAAAUUAGCAAAUUUAGAAGAUCUGUUAAGUAAUCUCCAAACUAAUAGAAAAGUAUUUGUGUACAACGAAGCAGAUAAAAUAUUAAGAAAAUAUGGUUAGAUUGUAUUAAAAUCAUCUAAAAUAAAUUUGA